CUUUAUAUCUCUCAUUUACGGCUGGCCGUGUGCUUAAGCUCGUUUGCUAGGUACGAGUAUCAAACACAGUUUAAAGCCGUUGACAAGAAGAACCCUGACGAAAUUGGAAGAAAUUAGGCUCUCUUUUCUAAUUUUCAAUGCAGGGUCAAAAAAGGCCAUUGGUUGGCCUUCUCCUGCUUUUUCUUACAUCAUGUAAGGAAUGGGACACCGUUUUGACCACAAGCCCCGACUACCUCGAAUACAAGGAUACACACAAAGAAGUUAAUGAUAUAUAUAGAAAUCCGCAACCGAAGCCAAAUCAGCAGAGUGAAGCUGAUGAGAACAGCGAUGCAGCUCUGCUGGAAAGGAUCAGACUUCUUGAAAAGAAAUUAGAGAGCAAGUUAAAGAAAGACGCUCCCGAACAGCCCGCAGAGCCCGAGACAAAACGCGAAGUUGCUUGUAUACCAAGUUGCGCUAAUGGCGGUGUUUGCAAAAAUGGCACCUGCCUUUGUCCAACGGGAUACACUGGUCGAGACUGUUCAGAUAAGGUCUGCAGCCCUGCUUGCAAAAACAACGGUAUUUGCAUUGCUGGCACUUGCAAGUGCACAGACUAUUAUGAAGGACCUUCUUGCGAGAUAGCUAAAUGCAGCACUCCUUGCAAAAACGGAGGAACAUGCGAAGAUCCUCUUCGUAAUACUUGCAAUUGUACACAAGGUUGGAGCGGCAGCCUCUGCGAUAGGCCAAUCUGCAAAGAACCAGUGUAUUGUAAGAAUGGAGGAAAGUGCCUUGGCUGGGAUAAGUGCGAAUGCCCUGUUGCAUACCGAAGCAGAGAUAACCCCCAAUGUAUACAAUCUAAUUGUCUACACGAAUGUAUAAAUGGUGGAAUUUGCAUCCUCAACAGCACAACCAUGGCAUUCGAAUGCUCGUGUAAACCUGGUUUUAGUGGAUCUCGUUGCGAAAAGGAAAAUAUUUGCAGCAUGCCACAAGACAAGGGAAUCUGCAAAAUCUUCCUUGAAGAACCUUUAGCCUUAGCGGAAGCAAAUGCCCUUUCGUGGAAAGGAACUGAAGUUUCGAACAAAUACUGUAUAGACUAUUUGAAAUACGUAAUGGCAAACAUCCACUCGAAGUUUGGCAUCAUCACCUACACCCAGUGUACAGAAUAUUGCAACAGUUACGAAACCAACAGGAUCUGUGACAGGAUUUGGAAGCCAGAAGAUCUGAAACUCAGUUGCGAGGGCCAGACUCGUUAUCAUUUUGCCAAUGGGAAAUGUACUCAGUUUAAAUAUUUAGGUGGCCUUGGGACAAAGAAUAAUUUUCCAGAUGACAAGGCCUGCAUGCAUUCAUGUGGAUCGACCACACCAACUAUUGGAGCAUCAACAGCCCCAAUUCUGAAGCCAUUCAAAGAUACUUGCUAUGUGUGGGGAAGAGGACAUUACUCGACAUUUGACGGACGACAGUACGAAUUCAAUGGAGGAUGCUCAUACGUCCUUCUUCAUGACACUGAACCAACUAGCUCCUUCCGAAUCAUUGUUAUCAAUGAUCCCAAAGCAAAUUACAACUCCACCGUCAAAAGGAAGCUCAAGUUGACAAUUGAUUCAAAAGAGAUUUACCUUGGACAAAAAAUUGGCAACACAUUUACAGUAAUGGUUGAAAAAAAGCCAGUGACUUUGCCAUACGAGGGAAAUCCAAAAAUCCGCCAAGCUGGACGAUAUGUCCUGGUUAUAACCCAAGAAAAUGGUAUUGUCUAUUGGGACGGUAAGGAAGAUGUUAUGAUCAAAGUUCCUUCAUCAUUCAAAACUGCACCAGGAUCAAAUCAUCGUCUCUACGGUCUCUGUGGAACAUUUGAUGGAAACAAAGACAACGACCUUCAGGGUAUUGGCUCUAGCGCAGUCUAUACAGACGUAAAGGAAUUCGCCAAGCUUUGGUCAUAUGACAGUGCAUGCGCAGAGUCGACGACCGCAAUUGCAACGUACGCACCUAGAGGCCAAACAGAUGCUUUAGCAAAUGCAGAGCGAAUGUGCAGUGCGAUAUUGACUGAUGCGUUUGCAGCCUGCCAUGCUAAAAUCCCUGUUCAGGGAUACCAGACAAUGUGUAUGAAAGAUGUACUUAAAUGCAAUUACAACCUAAGGUCUGACUGCGUGUGCAAUGCUUUUUCACUAUAUGCCAGAGCUUGCCAGAAGAUCGCUAACGUUACACUUUCAUGGAGAAGUGCAAGUCUUUGCCCAAUAUCCUGUCCUGGAAACAUGGUAUACCAGGAGUGCGGCAGCGCCUGCCCAAAAUCCUGCUCUAACAUGCUUUCAUCCCACACCAGCUGUGUCUCUGAUUGUGUUGAUGGUUGCCACUGCCCCAGUGAUCUCUGGCAAGAUGGAGAACAAUGCAAACCCCGGUCACACUGCAGUUGUUACGUAAAUGGCGUCGCUUACGCACACAAUUCUAUCAAGAAAACUGCUUGCGAAGAAUGUGAAUGCAAGAGUGGUCUGUGGAGCUGCAAAAAGCUUCCUUGUUCAGGCACCUGUACCAUUGCUGGUGAUCCACAUAUCACAACAUACGACGGUAAAACAUACUCAAUGUAUGGGAAAUGUGCUUAUACACUCACUGAGCAUUGCCACUAUAACAAUGCCACUGGAAAGGUCUUUGAGGUCAUUGUUAAGAACAGUAACUGCCAAGAGAGCAACGGCUUUGCAACCUGUGCAAGAAUGUUGAUAGUCAAGCUGUUGAAAAUAAAGGUUGACAUCCUAUUGACCUCUACAAAAUUGUCUACUGGUCAAUACAUGCCUUCAGUUAGCGUUGGCGGCAGAGAUGAAAACUGGGCCAAAACCAAAGACUACAUGAUUGAGCGAAUUGGCAAGGAGAAUGUUAUCGUCAGUCUAUCUGUUGGUUUAAGAGUACAGUGGACUGGACGAAAUGCCUACCUCACUGUGAGCCCAUCCUUCGAAAAUAAGACAUGCGGUUUGUGUGGUACGUUUAACCACAACUCACAGGAUGAUUACCACACAAGGACAGGAAGCACCGAGGCAUCAGUGAAGUCAUUCACAAACCACUGGGUCUAUAAGGAUGCGUCUAUCAAUCAGGCUCCUACUUGCAACAGCUGGGAUGAAGAAAUCUCCGCAUGCAGCAUCUUUACAUCAAGGGAAUCCAGUGCCAAGACACAGUGUUCAGUUAUCAAGGAUACAACCGGCCCUUUCAAGCUUUGCCACAGUGUCAUUCCACCAGAGUCCUUUUACAAGAUGUGUCUUGAGGAUGGCUGUAAAUGUGAAUCUUGCCUUUGUGACGUCAUUUCAAGCUAUGCUAAAAUGUGCAUGGAUAAAUCAAUUUCCGUUGGUGACUGGAGACCAAAGACGACAACUUGUCAAGCUAUGUUACAGUGCUCUGGGAAGAAAGUACGAAAGCAGUGCAACAGGAAUUCAAGUGGACAUCUAAAGUGCCCACAGACCUGUCGCGAUCUUACCCUGAAUGAUACGUCAAGCUGCAUCAAACGUGGCUGCAUUGAAGGAUGUUAUUGUCCAGAUGGCUAUUAUGAGAAUGAUCAACAAGAAUGUGUAGAACAAAAGCAAUGUCCCUGCUAUCAUAACAAUAUGAUGUACAGUUAUGGCAACGUCCGCAAAGACAAGUGCAAUAACUGCACUUGUGUUGGUGGUGUUUUCCAAUGUACCAACGUCAACUGCGAAACUUUCUGUAAGGCCAAAGGCUUGGUGUACAGCGAUUGCGGUCUGACUUGUUCAAACAUGCAAGACGAUACAUCAGUCUGUGAACCAGGCUGUUUCUGUCCUGAUGGUUUUGCUCUCCACGAGAAUGGAACUUGCGUCGAUCCUGAGGCAGGCUGCCAGUGUGUAGAAGGCGGCGAAUUCUACAACGCUGGUGAUAUUUCACCUUCGGAUUGCUCAAGGAAAUGCACAGGAAUGCGUGUAUGGGAACAAAUUCCAAACACAGAAGCAAAGCCACAGUAUGACUGUGCUGCCUUUGGAGAACUACAUUACCGAACCUUUGAUGGGAAGAUGUUUAAAUUUGACGGGCAGAUGGUGGAAUACGUGUUGCUGACGGACUGUUUUAUCGCACCUGGAAAAAUGUGUGAUAUGUCAAAAGCAGCCAUCAAUAUCCGCGUGAAAAACGUUCGAUGUGAACAGAGCUAUGAUCAGUACAUGUGUAAACAGGUAACAGUGGAAACUAAGACUGGAAAAGCUAUAAUGCGACAAAAAGAAGUCAAAUUAACAGUUGACGGAACAACUAAAACUUUUACCGAAGGAAGUUACCCUCAACCCCUCACCAACGUUGGUGGAGGAUUCGAAGUUUUCAAGCUCGGUGUAUUCAUUGUGGUCCGUGUUUAUUCACUUGGCUACACAGUCAAAUUCGACCAGUCCUCCCGUGUCUAUGUAGUGCCACCAAAGAGUUAUAAGGGUAAAGGGUACUUGGCUGGUUUGUGCGGUGAUUACAACGGUAAAGAUGAUGACGAUUUCAAAAAACCUGAUCUCUCUAUGGCUGACAAUGCGCUUGCUUUCGCUAACGCUUGGGGUGACCAAUCUGGCUCAGCUACGGAUAAGGAUUCUUGUUCUACCAAUCCGUAUCGUAAACCAUGGGCACAAAAAGGCUGUAAUGUCAUCAAAAGUGCCAACUUCACUGCCUGCCACAAAGCAAUUGCUCCAGGGCCAUUCAUAGAAGCUUGCCAGCAAGAAACAUGUUUAUGUAAAUUUGGAGGGGAUUGUGCUUGCUUUUGUGCUGCGGUUGGUGCCUAUGUUCAAGAAUGCAACAGAGUUGGUAUUCCAAUUUACUGGAGAAGAGAAGGGCUUUGCAAGCUUGACUGUUGCACGCCAUGUAACCAUUCCUAUGGCUACUUCCCUGACAACGCCAUGCCGGAACCUUGCAAGAAAAAAGACUGCAAAGAAAAUGAUCGUUGCUGUAAAGGAGCAAUGAUUGAAGGUUGCGGAUGUCCAAAGGGAACAUAUGAUGAUGGCAAAGUCUGUAAACCACCGACAGCAUCACCAAUGGUGAUUUGCUCUACGGUAACAACUGUCUUACCAUCAACAUCCACGCCAAUAACGACACCGGCGCCUUCAUCUACGUCAGUCUCAUCUUCAAGUACAGUAAGUUCACCAACAACAUCAAUUUCACCAUCUUCUUCAACAACUCCUCCAUCAUCUACACCAACCUCUAUUUCAACUCAACCUCCUACUACAACACAACCACCAAGUACAGCACCUCCACCAACAACAUCAGUGUCACCACCACCACCAACAACAUCGUCUGUUGCACCACCACCACCAACUCCUUCAACAUCAGUAACAUCUCCACCACCACCAACAACAUCUGUUGCGCCACCACCGACUCCAUCAUCUUCUGUUCCUCCACCCCCAACUACAACGCUGCCACCAACUACAGCACCUCCACCAACAACAUCCGUGUCACCACCACCACCAACAACAUCGUCUGUUGCACCACCACCACCAACUCCUUCAACAUCAGUAACAUCUCCACCACCACCAACAACAUCUGUUGCACCACCACCAACUCCAUCGACAUCUGUUGUGCCUCCACCACCAACUACAACACAACCACCAAGUACAGCACCUCCACCAACAACAUCAGUGUCACCACCACCACCAACAACAUCGUCUGUUGCACCACCACCACCAACUCCUUCAACAUCAGUAACAUCUCCACCACCACCAACAACAUCUGUUGCACCACCACCGACUCCAUCGACAUCUGUUGUGCCUCCACCACCAACUACAACACAACCACCAAGUACAGCACCUCCACCAACAACAUCAGUGUCACCACCACCACCAACAACAUCGUCUGUUGCACCACCACCACCAACUCCUUCAACAUCAGUAACAUCUCCACCACCACCAACAACAUCUGUUGCACCACCACCGACUCCAUCAACGUCUGUUGUGCCUCCACCACCAACUACAACACAACCACCAAGUACAGCACCUCCACCAACAACAUCAGUGUCACCACCACCACCAACAACAUCGUCUGUUGCACCACCACCACCAACUCCUUCAACAUCAGUAACAUCUCCACCACCACCAACAACAUCUGUUGCACCACCACCGACUCCAUCGACGUCUGUUGUGCCUCCACCACCAACUACAACACAACCACCAAGUACAGCACCUCCACCAACAACAUCAGUGUCACCACCACCACCAACAACAUCGUCUGUUGCACCACCACCACCAACUCCUUCAACAUCAGUAACAUCUCCACCACCACCAACAACAUCUGUUGCACCUCCACCCACUCCAUCGACAUCUGUUGUGCCUCCACCACCAACUACAACACAACCACCAAGUACUGCACCUCCACCGACAACAUCAGUGUCACCAUCACCACCACCACCAACAUCGUCUGUUGCAUCACCACAACCAACUCCUUCAACCACCAUUGUUUUUCCAAGUCCAACUAGUACGUUUGUGUUCCCAAGUGUAUCAUCUAAACUUCCGUCGUCAAGCAUACCCUCAUUUUCGAGUCGUCCCUCGUUGUCUUCGUUGUUAACCUCUACCAUCGAGUUGCCGGUUAGUGCGUCAAGUAACGUUCCCGUUAGUUUGAGGACAAGUAUACGAUCAUCGUCCGGUUUAUUCUCAGGUUAUACCCAAAGACCAUCUUCAAUUUCUAUGCCUCCGUUUACUUUUCCGACUCCUGGUCUGUCAUCUUCUAAAUCCAUUCCUACGAGCACCAUCACUACUGAAGUGGUAAUUAGCAAGUCAGAAACAAGACCCCCUGGAAGCAAAAUAGAAACGACUGUAGUAUCACCACCACCUCAAACAACAUCUGUUGCAACACCACCUCCUCCAACAACAUCUGUUGCACCACCUCCGACUCCAUCAACAUCUGUUGUGCCUCCACCACCAACUACAACACAACCACCAAGUACAGCACCUCCACCAACAACAUCAGUGUCACCACCACCACCAACAACAUCGUCUGUUGCACCACCACCACCAACUCCUUCAACAUCAGUAACAUCUCCACCACCACCAACAACAUCUGUUGCACCACCACCGACUCCAUCAACGUCUGUUGUGCCUCCACCACCAACUACAACACAACCAACAAGUACAGCACCUCCACCAACAACAUCAAUGUCACCACCACCACCAACUCCUUCAACAUCAGUAACAUCUCCACCACCACCAAUAACUUCAUCUACUAGAGAACUUCCUGUUAGUGUAUCUUCGAAUGUUCCGUUAAGUUUGAAAACAAUCAUUCCAUCGUCAUUUGUCACCAAUUCGUUAUAUACACAAAGAACUUCUUCGAUAACCUUCCCUUCGUUCCGUCCACCACCAUCAGUGCAUUCAACAUCUGUAUCCGUCUCAAGUAGCUCUAUUACAACAGAAGUAAUACUAACAAGAUCAAGAACACAACCUCCUGGAAGCAAAAUAGAAUCGACAACCGUUUCUCCCUCUCAGUCUACUAUAAUAACAUCUCCACCACCUCCAACAACAUCUGUUGCACCACCACCGACGCCAUCAACGUCUGUUGUGCCUCCACCACCAACUACAACACAACCACCAAGUACAGCACCUCCACCAACAACAUCAGUGUCACCACCACCCCCAACAACAUCGUCUGUUGCACCACCACCACCAACUCCUUCAACAUCAGUAACAUCUCCACCACCACCAACAACAUCUGUUGCACCACCACCGACUCCAUCAACGUCUGUUGUGCCUCCACCACCAACUACAACACAACCACCAAGUACAGCACCUCCACCAACAACAUCAGUGGCACCACCACCACCAACAACAUCGUCUGUUGCACCACCACCACCAACUCCUUCAACAUCAGUAACAUCUCCACCACCACCAACAACAUCUGUUGCACCACCACCGACUCCAUCGACGUCUGUUGUGCCUCCACCACCAACUACAACACAACCACCAAGUACAGCACCUCCACCAACAACAUCAGUGUCACCACCACCACCAACUACAUCUUUGUCAACAACAAAGACACCUUCAUUAUCUUUGUCAACUACAUACACAUUUACUGUGAGCAGUUCAAAGGUCAUUCUUACAACUAUGACAACAGCCACUCCAUCCUUUACAACUGUGGUUCCUUCUACAACCCCUGCUUGCCCUGCUUGCUACUCUAAUGGAAAAUUCUAUCAGGUGAACGAAACAUGGUCUGAAAAAUGCAGUAAUUACACUUGUGCUGAGGUUCCUAACCCAUGUUAUCCAACGAAGAAGAAUUUGCAGAUUGUCGAGUCGAAGAUUGAGUGCCAGACAUGUCCAAAGGGAUUCGAAAGUGUUCCCGAGGAAGGCAAAUGUUGCCCUAAAUGUGUUCCAAGCAAUGAGUGUAAGGUGAAGACGUUUGGAUACAAGGCCUUAGUUCAAGGCAACUGCACCUCCUCAGAGGAGUACCGAAUGACUGGAUGCGGUGGUAUUUGUGAAAGCAGUGUCAUGGCAACCAUGGGAGAAGAUGUCACUUUUGCCCCGUCAUGUACUUGCUGUAAACCUAUGAAAGUCAAAAAGCAUGUGGCGAAAAUGACAUGUUCUGAUGGAAAAGCGCCAUACGAGAUUGCAUUCACGGAGAUCCAACAGUGCUCGUGCAGCAGUUUCACUUGCAAAUCUAUGAACAACCUGGAUGGCGUAGAAAUUGUAUCCGAUGCCGGUUUGCUAGAAAAGGAGAAGAGAUCGAUCCACGAUAAGAAGCGCAGCGUACUGGACGAGCUCGAUGAAUUGGAUUCCAUUGAUAAAAUCGCGGCCGGUUCAAAACGCAAGCGCAGAGCCAUAAACUUACACGAGCUUGGAAGCUUAGUGGGCAUGGUGAAGCAGAAGAGGGCCGCCAAGCUACGAAAGUGAUAAAUUGGCAAGAAAAAUCAUUAUGCUGACUUCUUUAUUUGAUAUAUGAUUAAUAUGAUUUGGGAAAUUUAUUUUUCAUCGAAACAGAUAGAUUAAAGUUAUUUUCCUUUAAGUUUGGAAUUUCCAUCCUAAAAAUUUUAUUUCUUUGUGCAACAAAACAGUACUGGUAUAAAUAAAAAGAAUGAUUAAUUUAAAAGAGUCGUAUGAUUUGUAUCUACGAUCAAAAACAUUUAAUUUAAUUACUGAAAGUUGCAUUCCUCCAACUUGAUAUUUCAUUGCUCAAAAUCCAUUCCCGAAGACCUUAAGAACAGAUUUGUUCUUACCUGUGACGAUGAAAUAAGCCCACAUCAAAAAUAAGCUGUCAUAUAGACUAAAACUUUGUUCUUUCGUACUAUGCUCGUAUUAUAACAAUUAUUACCACGUCAACAUUGAAAUAUAUAUUAGAACUUUGUGUAGCAAAUUUAAUUAAUAUGAGCAGCAUAUUCCUGCA